UAGUUUCUAGAGACAAUUGAGAGGAAUGAAAUUCGUAGCUUGAUAUGGGUGAAUCGUUAUGAGAUUCAAAACAUUGAUUGAUAUCUUUUGUCAUAGGAUUAAAACUUCUGCAUAAUUAGAAGAAUAACUAGUUCAGCUGCCAAUUAUUUUUGAAUUCAUCAUCAAUUAUAUUAGAUUUUGCAUGUGAAUGUUUCAAUUUAUUAACCAGUUUCCUUAGCGUGAUGCUUUAUUUGUUUACACUCCAAGAAUAAUGUCGUGGAGGUAUGGACUUAAAUAAAAAUCAAAUAGUUGUCAAAUACACUUCAAUGAAGUUCUGAGGUCCUCAAAGCAUUUUUCAUGUUAAUUGUCAACCAUUUAUAAUUGCCCAAGCAUACCCGAAAUCCCUUUUGGGAGUGUUGUAACCUCUCUUAUGAUUCUAUAUUACAGUUAUAUAUAUUUAUCUAUUUUUUAUUUUAUGCCAUUAUUAGAACCUUUUUAUUUGUGAUAAACUAGUAUACACUUGAUGUCCCACAAGUUUAAAAGAACAUUUUUUUAAUCUUUAGACAACACUCUUGAUGUUCUUGCCUCUGAGCAUCCAUGCUGUCAGUUAUUCACAAUGCUUUUGUGGUGGCAAUUUCUUCCACAGGACAAAAGGAAAACCAUAUUGAUAUAACGAGUUAAAUGAUUACACUUCUACAUGAGCAGCCUAUAUAUUGUAGAAUGUGUAUUUAUAGAUGAAAUUGUGCAUUCAUUAUCAAGUUAUUGCUUAUUAUUAUUUUUUGUGUAUUCUGAUGGUGUUCUGAAUUACUCAUUAUUAAUUUUGGCUUCAUUACAUGGAUAUAGCCUUCAGUCAAAAUGGAUGAGCUAUGAUCCCAUAAUUUUUUUUGUUAAUUAUCAUAAAUGAGAAUUAAGACAUUUUUGUCUAACUAUAUUAUUUUGUCAUGAUUUAUAUAUUUGAUGGAUUUACUUUAUAUUUCUUUUUUGGUUUAGUUAGCAAAUAUCUUGGGGAGUUUCCAGUGGCUAACAUGUCCAAGAAAGGAUCUGUCUACUGGAUGGCUUCACUGUGAUCCCGGUCCACUGUUCAAGCCAAAAAGUUACCCUUUACCUGGAUGGUUCUCAUGGAAAGAAUUUUCAGUUAUGCCUGUUCAGUGGCAUGCUUUAGCGCUUGGACUAUUUGCAUCAAUCAUAGCACCUUUUGGGGGUUUUUUCGCAAGUGGUCUGAAACGAGCUUUCAAGAUUAAGGAUUUUGGUGACACUAUUCCUGGACAUGGUGGGUUUACUGAUAGAAUGGAUUGCCAGAUGAUGAUGGCUGUGUUUGCAUACAUCUACCAUCAAUCGUUUGUGGUGUCUCAGGGUUUUCCAGUAGAGAUGAUUCUUGACCAGAUAUUAAACCACCUGACUGAUGAAGAGCAGCAUGAUCUACACUUUCUGCUAGGGAGGAUUCUCCAUGAGAGGCAAUUAGAACAACAGUGAAAUCAGGCUUAAUCGUGGUUUGUCUGGUCGAGAGUUUGUACUUCCCGGUUCGCUUUCAAAACAUGGAAUUGAGAUAUGGCCUGUUCUUUUCUAAACCAUAAAUAUGUGGAAUGGAGGGGCUUUUUCUGUUUUAUUUUGAGUUUCUGUUUUGUUAUAUUUCGUUGUUUCAAUAUUGGUCCCUUUGUAGUUGUCCUAUGAUGGAUGGAUGGUGUGGGAAAAUCUCGGAGAGCUUUUCCAGUAAAUGAUGACUUCCUUUGUAGUUGUCUUG